GAGGUUUACUAGCACCACUUUUAAAACGUAACGUUGCCCUAAGGCAUGGUUUCUCAAGAUGAUGAAUUCGUUGUUCCUCACAUGGAUUUAUCUUGUUUGCAAAAUUCAAUAGCAUAUCAGAAAGUUCUUGAAGAACCUUGGACUUACCUUCACAAUUGGGAUUCUCUAACUCCCAGUGUUCAACAAGAGGUGGCACAAAACUUCCUAAGUGAACUAAGCUCACUUAAAACUGAAAUGGCGGUUACCCAAAGUGUAUUUGAUCCUUCCAUGUUUGUUAAUCAGGAUGCUCCGUGUGAUACAGCAGUUUCUGGACAAAAUGGUAAUACAACAGAAAAUCAUGCAAACACCAAUGUAAUCUGUAUACAAUGGAAUGAAUUCAAAUAUGGAUCAGUUUUUUGGAUUUCUAUCAACAAAACGUCUAACAAACUUGGACCUAUGUCUUUAGUCAGUAUUCGGAGAAGUAAGCAAUCUCCUUCAUUGAUAUUGAAGUCCUUGUAGUACAAGCGUCUCGAAAAUUGAUGAUAAGAAGCAGUCCAUCUAUCAACAACCACCACUCUUUAUUACCUUUCAGUCUUCUUCCAGAGAAAUUGUUCCAGUUACUAGAAAAGUGAAUGGCUCCCCCCCCCAAAGUAUUCACAGUGUUUGUAUUGGUAGGGAUUACCAGAAAUACUAGGGCAAGUAAAAUAUAAAUUUGUUCUGGUGGAUGUCUAUUUUCAGAAAAGAUGGACAGCGAUUGGUGUCAGACAAACUUCACGUGCUCUCGUUUGUAUAAGUAAACAGACAUCAAAAUAGUUUGACUUUUUUCCAUAACUAGAGUGUGAUAUCUAUGCAUAAUUUGUUGUUCUGUACAAGUAUUGUAUACAAUAUAAUUGCUGAAAAAUUACUUUGUGAAAUGAUAAAACAGGUUGGUCACGUGGUGCCUUAUUUAUUUCGAGAUUUUUUUUAAUGCUUAUGUCGAAAAUUACAUUGUUUUAUUCAAAAUUCCUAAGUACUUUCUGCAUACAGUUACAAAUCAUAAAUGGACAGAAAAUAGUCCAGUAGUAUUUAAUCCAUAGAUCAGUUGAUUUUAUUACUAAGAGAAAAAAUAUAAUGAACUAAAUUAUUACGCAUUUUUAUUCAGAUGAAACUAAUUUAUGUAACUAUCGAUUCAAUGAGCAUAUUUUUAGAAGUCAACUGGAGCUAUGGUAAACUUUUUUGAUAUAGCUUGUUGUCGGUUAACAUGCUUCAAAACACAUCACAUUAGAUCAUUCAAGCAGACUUCCUAGUUUAAGCAACUUCUCUGUGUUGUUCAUCUAAGUAGUUAAAAUCAGACUAGGAAUGUGAUGAUUUCCAAGCUAUAAAUUUAAACCUAGUUAAUGCGAUGCGCAUGAUACAUGACAAAAAAUACUCCAAAUUAAAGCAAACCUGCGCUUUAUCCCGUCUUAGCAUAGAGUCGUUUAAUUUCAUGGGUGCCCUUCAAUCAGAACCAUUAGAAACUGUGAAUGAAAUGAAUCGGGAAAC